AUGACUGCAGGUGGUUCAGCUAGUGAUGUCCCAGAGGACAAAAAGGCAGCUGCACCCACUGACCAGCAUAUCAAUGUCAAGGUUAUGGCACCAGAUCAAGGCGAAGUGUUUUUUAAGAUUAAGCGAUCUACCCCGCUGUUGAAGCUCAUGAAUGCUUACUGUGAGAGACAGGGGAAACAGCGUGGUACUAUUCGCUUCAUGUAUGAUGGCAAUCGAGUUGAAGAACAUGCAACUCCUGAUCAGCUUGAUAUGGACGAUGGCGAUGUGAUUGAUGCUAUGGUGGAACAGCUUGGUGGAUGUUAA